UUCCUUUCCUGCCCCAUCACUAACUACAGUCAUCGUGGUGUCAUGGUUGCCUUUGUGAGGUUGUGUUGUUGACGCCCCUCCGAUUUUCAUUCAAAAAUGUGUUUUAAGCGGCCGCAAUGAGGUGCUGACACUGCCGGGGUGGGCGUCCCAUGUGCCGGCGGCCGGCGCGGCCGGACCGUGUUUGCCGCUCGAUGCGUGUGGGGGCGCGCGCCGCAGCCGCCCGGUGAUGGCACCCGUGCUGACCGAGCCCGACAAGGACCCGGAGACGCCGGCGGAGCACGGCGCCGCGCCGCCGCCGCUGCCGCGCCACCCGCGCCGCCUCGGCAGACACCUGCACGCGCUGCUCAAGAGCAACCUGAAGAACCUGCUGGCCGACUGCGGCGCGCAGCUGGGAGUGUGCGCCGCCGGCGGACUGCACAGCUUUUCACCGCCCGACGUGGGGGCGAUGAAAAAUGUGCUGAGUGAGCACUGCAAGUCCGCAAACGGUAGCAUGGACAGGGGUGAUAAACUGGAGAAAGAAGACGUCAUGGGUCUACACAGUGCGAAUAGUUCGAAUUUGCAGGAGCUGCUGAACAACAAGAAGCAGUUUGCCGGCUCUCUGGUGGCCCGUUCGCCGCCGUCCGACCUGGCGGACAUGAUCCACGAGUUCGAGACGCUGGCAGAGUCGGCGCCGCUCACCAGCGGCAACGGCCACGUGCCGCCCGAGGAGAUGCAGAUGAUCACCCAGCUGGUGACCAGCAUGGACGAGCACCCGCCGGUGACGGCCGCCGUGGUGGCCGCGCCGCCGCCACCGCCGCCCGUCACCGCCGCGCCGCCGCCGGCGCCCGUCACCACGCCGGCGCCGGCGCCGCUGACUGUGGAGUCGAUGCAGACGCGUCAGAAGCAGCUGGUGGGCCGCUCGGCGCGGCUGCUGCGGCGGCUCCGCGCGCUGCAGGUGCACGCGGCGCGCCAGCAGACCACCUCGCAGACGGCGGCGCUGCUGGAGCGGCUGAGCGCGGCGCCGGCGGCGGCUACCACCUCCUCCUCCAGCGCGCCUCCGCCGGCGGGCGCCACCGCUACCUCGUUACCGUCGCCGGCCGCCGCCGGGGCCGGGGCCGCCUCCGGAGCCCCGCCGGCCGCCGGAGACAUCACAGAGAUGCUGCGCAGUCCGAACGUAAAACAUUUUUCGACCACGCAGCUAGUGAACCUAGUGCUAAACAAUAAAUCGGCGUCUGCCGCGGCGUCGGCGGUGGCGGCGCCUCCGCAGCCGCCGCCGGCCCCUGCGGAGGGGGCGCCGUGUGGCCGGCCGGAGCGCGAGGUGGCGGCGGCGGCGGCGCUGCCGGCCGGCGUGGCGCGCCGUCAGCUGGAGCGGCUGACGGCCGCCGCCGACUCGGACGCCACGGAGAGCAGCUCGGGAGGCGAGAGCGCCGACGAGUUCGAGCCCGGCUGGGACGACGAGGCGCACGAGCGCGCCGCACCCAUUCGGAAGCGGGCGCUGUGGCGCUGGUCGUCGGAGCGGUCGGCGCUGGCGUGCCGCUGGUCCUGGCUGACGGCCCAGGUGACCGACCUCGAGUUCCGCGUCCGCCAGCUGCGCCAGCUGCACAGGCAGCUGCGCGCCUCCAACCCGCGGCCGGUGCCGGGCCGGCCGACCCGCGCUGCCGCCACGCCCUCUCCCUCUCCGGAGCUGGGAGGAGCCGGCGACGCCAGCAGCGCCGCCCUCGCCGACCGCCAGAAGGCUAGUGAAGCGAUCGAGGCCGGUGCCGAGGACGGUGACGGCCAGUGCGCGCGCUCGCGGCCGCGGCCGUCGGCGCCGCGCCGCCGGGUGUUCACGGUGGGCCGCGCGGCGCGGCGGUCGGUGGGCGGCGCGCCGGCGCGCUGCCGCUGCGACCCCGGCGUGGACUCGUGCCCGAUCUGCGCCGGCCGGCCCGACUGCGGCGGCCGCGUGCGGCCCGAGGUGCAGCCGGUGCGCGAGCGGCGCGCACUCCUCUCGGCCGGCCAUCACCCGGUGCUCUCGCUCCCCGCCGAGGCGGCGCUCUCGCUCGGCUAUGACACGCUGCUGCGCUCGUCGCGCUGGCAGCAGAACCACCUGCAUGCGCGGCCGCGCGGCCCCCGGCUGGUCACCAAGGAGCCGACGGGCGCUGCCACGGGCGGCGGUCCGCCGGCAGCGACCCCGUCCGUGACGGCUCCACCGUGCAGCCGACCCUCCUUCCACCGGCGAAAGUCAGGCGUGUAUAAGCGGUUCUACGAUCUAGACGGCAGCGAGGGCACGCCGAGGAGUAGUAACGGCCGGGUCGGCCGGCCGCCAAAGCUGAGCCGGCGCAGUCGCUCGGCGUCCGUGUGCGACGCACGGCCGGCGGCCGGCGCCGGCUGCGCGCCGCUCGCGGCCGACGACGAGUCGCCCUGGUCGUCGGGCCGACAGUCGCCGGAGCGGCGCGAGAGCCGGGACCGGUCGGCGGCGGCGUAUCGCGCCGCGCGCCACCGGCAGAACUCGUACGACAUCGACAACAUCGUCAUACCGGCCAGCAUGGCGUCCACCACCAAAAUCGAAAAACCCAAGUACAAAGAGAUCGUGACGCCAGGGUGGCGCUCCGUGGAGCUGCGUGUGCCGGCGCUGAACGGUGAGCCGGCCGCGGACGGCCUGCGCGCGUCCUCCGGCUCUGCCGAGGCGCCGGAGCCGCUGGACGACUCCGUGUUCGAGCGGCGCCACCUGCCGGCCGAGCUGGCGGAGCGGCGCCGGCUGUAUCAGGCGGCUGGGAAGCCGCCGGGCGGCGCGGCCGGCUCGGCCGGCGGCGGCACCGGCCCCGGCCGCGGCCGGCGCGCGCACACACCCGACACGCCGCGCGCCGCCGAGCCGAGCCCGGCCGACCCCGCCCGGCCGCGCAUCCUCCGCUACCAGUACUUGCUUGAGCCCUGUGGGUUCCCUGCCCGUCGGUUCCCGCUGCCCGACCGAGUGUGGAAGGAGUUGUUAGCCUCUGCACAGGAGGAGGACGACAGCCCGUCACAACCGUGGAGGUCGCCCCGGCCGCGGUCGUCCAGCGGCGCAGAGCCAGUGCCGUGGGCCGACGACCAGCGCUGCGGCAAGUAGCGCCGCGCUCAUCCAUCGCGUCAUCAUCUCACUGAAAUCACCAUCCACACCACACACACUCCUUCAGUACCUGUAUCGGACCGCGCCGCCGCCCCCGAGCGAGUGUACAGACCGGCGCGGACCGGCCCCGCAGCGAGAGCGACCCAGACCGAGAGAGAGAGCGAGCGAGAGGCGGAGGGUGUGAGUGAGCGCGUGCGUGCGCCGCGCGCGCGCGCGCCUUUUUAUUCAUCUAGUUCACUGCUGCGAUAGCGCCAGGCGCGGCGCCCUGUGUCUGAGUGUUUGUGUGUCUGACUGCGCGCGUGUAUGUGUGUCUGUCGGCGCGUCCUGUGCGCGCAGUGGCGCUGGCGGCGGCGGCGCGCGGGCCGGCCGGCACGUGACGCACCUGUCCGGCCGCGCCGGCCCGCCGCCGCUCCCCGCGCGCGCGCGCCUCUCUGUGCUGCGUGCCGGCCCGUCCCGGCUUUGAGCGCGGAAGGACAUUAAUAAACGUUACAAGAUUGCAGCGCUUGUUUGUGUAAGAAGGUGAUAAAGGACUGUGACAUGUAGUAUGUAUUAAGGACGACAUAGUCAAAUCAAGUGUAAAUAAACGUCUAAAGCAGUGAU